CCUUUUUCCCUUAUCACCAUUUGCUUUUCGAUUCCUCAUUAAUUAAUCGUCUUUUCUUUCCUUCGUCAACAACAUAUUCAUCACUUGGGCGAAAGGAAAUUCAUACGUACAACUAUUGUCAUCCCAUAUUGUUAUUCAUUAGAGCGUCUCUCAUCUCUCUCUUCAUCAAUUCCAUCAAGAAUUUGUUAAAAAAAAGAGAUAUUUAGUUAUAUAUUUCUUGCAUUUGCAUGCAUGCAUGGAUUUUGAGUGCUUGAGAUUGCAGUGAUUCUUCAUCGAGUUUUUCUAAGUUGGUCCAUGCACGUUUCUUGAAUUGCUGUCAAGAAGAAAUAUAUAUCUAUAUAUAAGGAUGUCGACUAAGAUGAAAGGCCUUUUGAAAGGCCUGAGAUAUAUUUCCCAGAUAUUUGAUGAAGAGAAAGAACAAGAUAUGCAGAUUGGUCUUCCCACGGACGUAAAGCAUGUUGCUCAUAUAGGUUGGGAUGGACCUAAAGUUGAUUCACCCAGCUGGAUGAAAGAAUUCAAAUCAUCUAAUGGGGGAUUCCAAUCAGCACCCUUAGCUCCUCCUAUAGAGUCUAGACAAGACGAUUCUGAAAUCCAAUGGGUAUCCGAAGAUUCAAAGAGAGGCCAAAAACCAACAAACAGUGCUCCAGGCAAAGACCACCCCGAGCUCCCAAAAACCUCUAGGCGUAACCACUCCUCAAACGAUCAAAACAACUCGAAUCACGACUCAUCUCCAAAGAAAAAAGACUCAUCUUCAAAAUCAAGACCGAGACGAUCGAAGGAGCAGCUGUCGUCUUCAGAGGGUGGCUCUAAGGCCGCCGGUCAGCAGCAGGAGGCUGGAUCCGCAUCGCCAGGACCAAACCUCCCCGACGCCCCGAAGAAAACGCGUAGAAAGAAGUCGAAAGAGUCAAUUAACAAAGAGCAUGGAUCCACGAGAAUUAGAUCUAAGGCUAAUACUUCAAGCUCAAAAGGAACUCAUAAAUCGGAUCCAACAACAGGAUCUGAAUCAGACUCGGUGUCGCAAGCAUCAAGCUCGCAUCUAAGUUCUGCUAUAGACGAUGAAGAAUCGGAGAGUAUUAGAGGAAAUUCCAAGGAGUGACGGCGUGUUUGGGGCUUUUUCCAUUUAGCGUUUGUGUGUGUUUUGCUGAAGUUGAAGUGUUUUUUUGCCUCAGAUUGUACGUAGUACCUGCAGAAAGUGAAGAUGGAUUUUCAAAGUGAUGAUGUUUAUCUGACUAGUACAUAUAUGAACCAACCCUGAAUUUAUGCGUUUUGCUGGGAAUCAGUUGUCGUUUGUAGAUGGAAGGAAAACGAUUAGAGUAUAUACAUUAUUAGUGAUAUAUGAAUGUAGCCUUUUGUUUUCAAAGAGUAUUGUAUCCAAUGGGAUUCAUCUCGUUUGUUUGUAAUAUUAUAUGCUUGUUUUCACAAACAAACAAUCACUGUAUUGUCAA